UGUACUUUCAGGACGUAUUGUUAACUAAUAUGGCGCUACAUAUAAAUCAAGAAGGAUAUGGUAAUUUAGUUAAGUGGGAUGUUUGAGGCUGUAAUUUUACGUUAAAGAUAUGGAAACCGUGUCAAACAACUCGGGUUAUUCUGGUUCACAGCAACCUCGUUCAUCAUCUUCAUCAUCAUCUUAUCUGUUAUCAUCAACAACAUCAUCAACCUCAACGUUCAUUACAUCCAACACACAUGAUUCUUCACCUUCGAUAGUUGAUCAAAGUAAUGCAACUGGUAUGACCUCCACUUCUGUUACUACAACCACUACUACUACUACUACGUCGAACACAUCUACGUCUGGGAAAUCAACUUAUACACUCGGAAAAGAAAUUGAAAUUGAAUUAGGAAGUGGUGUAUCCGAAGAAGAUACAAAAUUAGCUAAGAAUGACAAAAAUGCUGUUGAUUUUGUAUUUGAUUAUUGUAAAUUAUGGUGUAAAACAUGUAAGGAUUUAGUGUUAACUUUAGAGAAACGUGCAACUGCUGAGAAUGAAAGUACACGUAUUAUCAUGAAACAAUUUCAAAUAUUGGAAUCAAGUACAACUAAUCAGAAUGGUGCUCCAUAUAAAAAGCAAACACUCAAUUUAUGUCGAAUGAUGAUUGAUCAUUGUAAAGAAAUUGAAGCGAAUAAUUCCAAACGAUGCAGAGAACUUUUAGAGGUAUUAAAUCGUCAACGUACUUUAUUUGAAAAAACCAGGAAAUUUCUUAAAGACAAAUGGAAAGCAGAUGUAAAACGUAUGUUAGAUGCUGAAAAUAGUUUGUUUAAAACAAAAACAACAUAUUAUCAACGUUGUCAAGCUGGUGUAAAAUUACGUGAAGAAUUAGCUACAGCACAAAAUCUUCUAAAUGAAUUAUCUGCUUCUCUUAUGCAAUCGUCGUCAGUUUCAUUUAGUGGUACAUCUACGUCAACAGGAACAACACCAUCAUCAUCAUUUUCAUCUGUUACGAUAAUGCCACCUACACAAACAAAUGUAUCAGGUCUACCUGUUUAUACUGCUGGGAAUUCAUAUUCAUCGAAUCUAAUGAGCUCAGCUGCUGGAAGUAAUGCAAAUUUAACACAAGAUUUAAUGAAUGAUUCAAAUAUUGGUGAAUCAAAUCUAUCAAAUCCAACUUCAUCAUUAUCAACUUCUACAUCAAACCAAGUUGCUAAACAAAGAGUAAAAGUUGAACGAUUAGAAAAACAAUUGGGUGAUAAUGAUAAAAAGGAAAUUGAACUAAUGUAUGCUUAUCGUGAAGCAGUAGAUAUUGCCAAUCAUCGUUUAUGUGAACUGGAAAAAAGCAAGAUUGAAAUUUUAUGCGAUACACGUUUAACCAUAACAAAAAGUGAUGAAGUUGUUAAAGAUUCUUUAGCAGAAUUAUUAAAUCAUUUGUUUACAACUCGUUCAUUAAUGAUAAAACAGUAUGAAUUGAUUGCUAAUGCUUAUCAAGAUUAUGUACCAUGUAGUGAUUAUCGUACAUUAGUUGAAUCACAUAUUCAAAAAGGUACUGAAUUUAUUCCGGAAAAAUAUCAUUUCGAUGGAUUUCAUGAAUCAAAAUUGGAUACAAGUCGUUUAACAAGUAGGUUGGGUAAAGAUUCCGGUGACUCUACUUUAGAUAUAUUUUCUGCACAUCGUAAUCUCCUUUCAUUACAUUCAGACUCUGAUUCUGAUACAGAAACAACAGAUUUGCCAUUAAAUACAACUGGACGAAAUAGUACAAGUUUUGGUGCUAUUACAGCAGGAAGUAGUAGUGGUGGAAUCGGUAAUACUACUAAUAGUAGUGGUAAUAAUAAUAGUCUCAGCGGUUGCGGAGUUGCAAGUGGUAUAGUGUCAACAAGUAGCAAUGUUUUAUCAACCAUUGUUGAAUUUGGAUCUAAUCUAUUUCGACCAGAUUCUAAGAAAUCAAUACGUAAUAAACGUUCAACAACAAAUAGUCUUAGUAAUUCAUCAGUCCCACCAAUCAAUCCGAUAGAUAAUUUAGAAACAAUAGCUAUUCAUGAAGCUAAUUUAGAAAGAGAAUAUUUAUCAGCAUGUUAUCCAGUAGCCAGAUGUAUUGCAGCGAUUGAAAAACAAGAAAAUGGCCUAGCAACACAUGGAAUUUAUCGUGUACCAGCGUCUAAAGCGAAAGUUUCUAAUCUAAUGGAUUUGUUACAAUCUAAUCAAUUAGUUAGCAGUGACCAAAUUCAAAAUGAUAUCGACUUGUUAAGUCAAGAACAUCCACUUACAUUGGCUAGUCUGGUGAAAACACAACUGAUUGCCUUACCUGAACCAUUACUCACAUACAAUCUUUAUCCGAAUUUUGUUGAACUUGGAAAAGCGUUUGACUUAGUUGAUUCAAAUAUAACUGAUGAACUGAUGAAACGUCUUCAACUAUUGAUUAAUCAUUUAAGUCCUGGUAAUCGUCAAUUAGCUGGAUUAAUUUUUCAUCAUUUACACAGAGUUGCUGAAUGUCAGUCGGAAAAUCAAAUGGGAGCUGUUAAUUUAGGUACAAUGUUUGCUCCAACAGUAUUACGUCAAAGACCUAAAUUUCAAGUAGCUAAUAUGAUGGAAUUCAUGGAUAAUAAAGGUCAGACAAAAGUUGUUGAAUUAUUAAUUGAUCGUGUUUUUCAAGUAUUUGGUUCAUCAGAACAAUAUGAUCCAAUCAAAUUAAUUACAGCGCAUAUUACAUCAAAUGAUGAUAAAACUACCAUAGCUGAUUAUAAUCGAAUGAAUUCAGCACGUGGUAGUAUUUCAUUAGCUAAUUGUGAGCGAUCUAAAUCAACUUGUAGUACAGUUGUAGAUAGUGUCUCUGAUACACCAAUGAAUAUAUCUAGUAAACUUCAUACUGUUAACACUAUAACAACUAUCACAACUGCUACUACCGUUAGUACUACUACUAGCAAUAAAACCAUUAAUACUGAUAUACCAUCGUCGACAACUUUCACACUUGUUGGUACAACCAACAGCAAUACUACUCAUACUACUGACAGUAAUAGUAAUGAUAAUAUGGUCAAAGAAACUACAACAACACUUCCACCUUCUGGUUUAUUAAGGUCGGCAACAAUAUCUGUUUCACCACAAAUUCGACCUACAGGAACCCUGCUUACUGGAGCCUUACCUUUGUAUACUCCAUAUCGGCAGAAUCAAGGAUUUAGUAAAGACAAUGCAAAUAUUGAAGAAACUCCUAUUAAUACCAGUUCUGAUAUCACAAUUUCUUCAUUACAUGGAGCUGAUAAACAUGACAAAAUACAUAAAAGACAUAAUCCUGUAAUAAGUGAAAAAUCAACUAAUAUAAAAUCUAGUAUGAGACUUCAAGAUUUAGCUAAACCAGUUAUUGAACCAACUAUCAUUACAACAUCUCAAAUAUCUAAUCCACCAACUACUGGAAUAGUCAUUACUACCAGUACUACUACUACUAAUGUUAUUACUUCUACUAGUAAUAGUAACAAUAUGAAUGAAGCUUCAUCUUCAUCGUCAUCAUCUAUUGUACGUGGGAUUAAAAGAUUGUAUUCUUCAAGUGGUCAACAUUCGAUUUCACCAUCUACAAUCGCUUCAUCGAUUACAACAUCAAAGUUGUUUCACCCAUCUGAUAAACAAAAUGCUCCAAAUACAUCAUCUACUGAUUCCGCUACAAAUACAGCCUUAUCAAGUUUAAUAAUUGGACGUCGUAAACCUGUUGGACGAUUAUUGGCUUUACAUCAAACUACAGAGACUUCAGAUAAUGUAUCCCCUGUGAAUCCUACGAAUUUAGAUCAAUAUAGUUUUAUUGAUAAUGAUUUGCCUGAUUCUUUAAAUGAUUCAUGAAUUCGAAGAAAUAUUCAUUUAUGUUUUCAUUGAUUGAAUCAUAAAUUGUCUUCCAUAUUCAAUGAUAUAAUCCCUGAAUACACCUAUAUAUAUAUAUACAUAUAUAUGUAAUCUCAUGAAUCGAUUCUUCAACUCUCGUCUAAAUCAUCGGAAAUAUUACUACUACUACUAUUACUAUUACUAUUAUUAUCAUUAUUAUUAAUAUAAUUAUUAUUAUGAUCACUAGAUCUGUUAUCAUUAUCCAUUCUCUUAUUGAAUACACUUCAACAGAUAAAAGUCAUAUAGAUUUAUUUAUUUUUCACAAUUCAUUAACAAUAAUAAUAUCUCUUCAUUACAUUUUGUAUUAUGUAUUGUAUUGUAUAAAUUUUCAUUCUAAGAAAAAAAUAAUGAAAAGAAAUUAAAGAAAAAGGAAAAAAGAAUGAACAAGAUUUUAAUCAUUCAAUUUAUGAUACGUUUUUUUCUUUUUUCUUUCUUUUUUUUCCUAUAAAAAAAGAGAAAAAUGAAAAACUAUUUAACUAAGAUCAUUCAAAGUAUCUUACUGUUAUAAUAA